AUGGCAGGUGAAAACAUAGCAGAUAGCACAUCCGAUGAUACGAGUGAGAUUGAAGUAAGGCCCUAUAGCCAGGUAGAUACUGGUACGUCGAGCGGCUCUCAAAGGGUUGGCUUGGACUCAUCUCAACCUACCUCACGUAGGCUGCUCACGCGUGCCACCACAAUUGACGACGAGGAAAAUGCUCGUGUUCUGCCACAUUUCCCAUACCCACUUGUUAUGAAAGUAGUCAGUUCAGAACCUAGAGAUGUUCUACAAUCAGAGAGGACUUUUCUUACGUUCACUCGGUUUGCAACAGCAUUGUUCUUCACGGCUUUAGGGAUAAUCUUGAAUUUCAAGUUUGAUACUUCUGGCGAUGACGCUGCUAAAUCGCCAGAUGAAGAGGAUCAAAAACACAAUUUUAAUCAUACAAAGUUUUCAGUGGCUGUUUCGUAUAUUUUGUUGGUGUUGUCGCUAUUUGUGUUAGUAGUCAGUGGAUCGAGUUAUUACAUUACAAUCAAUCGAUAUGCACAACACAAGAUUGCUACUUAUAACUUCAAUAAUCUACCUACAGCUGCGUGCAUCACUGGUGUAAUUAUCACAUUGAUUGUGAUUAAUGUGACGCUAAUUGUUGAAGGAUUUUUAGAAACGAAAUAG